AUGCCUCCUAAGAAGCGGAAAAGCAAGAAGGCGGUUGCAUUAGAUUUGAGUGGAGUUUCUGCAUCGGAACCUGAUCUGCAAUUUGUGGUGGAAUCCUACGAUUAUGCUGCGCUCCAGACAGAAAAGUCGCUUUCAGACCUUCAAUUUGAGGAUGACUUGCAGUACUUGUUGAGCAACGAAGGCGAGGAUAGCGUAGUUGAAAUAACUCUUGAAACGUCUGAAAUAAGUUUGGAUUCUGUUUCGAAAAAUACUUCGCCUCAGAAAGUCGCCAAUGGUGGGGUUGGAAUCGUCCAGUCUCCCCGUUCUAGACAAGGUAGAAAAGGUGAUAAAUCUAGGGUACCUAAGGUUUCUCGAGCAGAGAUCACCAAAGAUAUUGACGAGAUUUGCUUUUCCAGUGAUGAUGAGGUAGAAAAUAAGGAGUUGAGAAAGAAGAAAAACGGCAAGAAAGGAAAGAAGAAUCAGAAGGUGAAUGACACGGAAGAUGAUAAAAGCGAAGGAACCAUAGGUGAUGCGCAGGAGGUUAUUGGAACUGUAAUCAAGGAUUCAAAUACGCCAAAGAAUCUUAAGAAGAAGAAAUCAGCCAGAAUCGUUCAGGUCAGGGAAACCGAAAAUUCUCGCUCUGAAAGUGCUGAAGUUGAGAGUCCUGGCUCGAGAAGUCCCGUCGCUGAUAGUCCUCUUGAGGAGCGCGUGAAGAGAAACAAGAAGAAGAAGAAGAAGGCGAAGGCGAGGGCUAAUGCUGAAAAGGAUGAAGGCAGAGAGAAGGAGGAUAUUGACAAAGUGGACGUUUCUGAAAUUCGACACGUUGAUGUGGAUGUUGAGACCACACCUGAUAGUGCUGGUGAGAGUAGUGCGGACACUAUCCUUGAAGAAGCAUCAGGAGCGGACGUUAAGGAUGUGAAAGUAGAAGCUAAACAUGCAACUGAUGAGGGCACCAAAGGUUCGACUGUUAAGACAGAAGACUUUGGCAAUACAAACGAUGAGACAACAGAAAUUGACAUUAAACUGGACUUAACUCAGCAAGAGACUUCGAAGAAAAAGAAAAAGUCAAAGAGGAAGCCAAAGGCCAAUCACGUCGAUACUGAAAACUCAAGCAUUGGAGAUAACCAUUCCGACAAUGCCACUUCCGAGAACAAAAACCCUAUCGAUGAUACCAGAAAUGACGAAAAAUCUACAAAACCCAGCCAGGAAUCCCCAUUCCCCAAGCUUCGAUCGUCUUCUGCCGCAGCACUUGCAUCCAGUCAACUUCCUGAAAUCCAUCCCAUCAAAACCAUCAUUGGUGUUUCUCACCAGCAAAUCAUGAGCAUAAGAACAACAGAUGUGAAGUACAAGACCAUCAUGACACUGACACAGAUGUCCAAGAUGAGCAAGAAUGUGCUUCGGUUCCUUUCACGAGACGACAUUUUCAUCGACAAUGAUAGAAAGAGACAGUUUUUGCAUCUUUGUGUCCUGGUGGCGCUCAAUGAAGCCAAUGGCUUCCUCCAAACCACCCGAAAGUAUGCUGGACUCGAGGAGUGGCUUACGGGCUAUGAGGAAUUGACUUUGGCACAUACAAGAGCCAACUUGACGGUUUCCACUCGAGCAGGCCACCUGAAUGACCUCGACUACAAUGUCUUCUCAUACUUGGGCCAUAUCUUGGUGUGGGUUACCCAUUUGCAGACGGUAGCAGGUGUAGAGACGGUGAUGGAGAAGUACGAUUUCGAUGUGACCAAAAAGGACAUCAUGGCAUCGAUUGGAGGCUAUCAUUUAUGGGAUCGUGUGAGACGCGACCCCAAGACCAUCAACACCAAGAGAUGGAAGCAUAUUCAGAAGUUCCGUCUGAUUUUUGCAUACGAGGAAGACCAGUUUGUUGUAAUUUUAAGAAUGUUGGACCUUGGUGUGGAAGUGCCAUAG